AUGGUUUCACCUAAGGAUCAGAGCUCUGUCUGUCAAGCCUGCCGCAUACGACAUAUUUCUUGCGACCGGGCAACCCCUUCGUGUCGGCGAUGCCGUACAGCCGGUCGUCCCUGUACUCGGCGCUUCAACGUGCGUUUCUCAACUCGUAGAAACUGGGUCCCUCCAGUCACACCUUUGUCGCCCCCUGACUCCCAGUCCCGCACCCUGCCUAGCCCAAGGCUAGACCAAGAUGCCCGUCCCCCUUUAGAACCUUCUCAGCAGUUAACCCGGUCGGACCGAUCGGAGACGCCCCAAUGGUCCUCACAACCCCAGACUCCCGUCGAGUCUCUCCCCGCGGAUAACGUAAUCCAUCAAGAUAGGUUCCACAGCAUCAGCCCUGGGACGAGCCCGCAGGCCGGAGAACAGCGUAUUGGAAACGAGCUGUCAACAUCCUCACCACUACUGCUUACCUCUGAGGAUGCGUAUCUCAUGCAAUAUUUCGGAGAAUCUAUAGGACGUCCAUGGUUUGAUCACACGGACUCGGAUUUCACACUUGAAGUUCUUCGGAUUGCCCCCAGCUGUCCUGUUCUAUGUUACUCUAUCUUAGCAGUGUCAUCUUUCUACCACUGCAAAGCAACCGGCCAGAACGAUGGAAGAGCCGACUUGUUCCACCGAAAGGCCAUUGACAUCCUUUUAGCGCUAAUGCAUGACCCGGUCCGACUUUCCGAUGGGGCCGGGCUUGCAUCAGUCGUAAUUCUACGCUUGUAUGAAGAGUCCAAAGCCCGACAAGAUGGACAGGACGCUGAGUCACAUCUCUUGGCUGGCCACGUCUUCGCUGCCACUAUAGCAAGUGAUAAGCAACAACCAGUGACCAAAUUGGCCAAGUCAGCAUUCUGGGUUCACCAGAGGCAGGAUGUUUUCCACUCUAUUUCUCAGCAGAAGCCAACUCGUACCAGCCUUGAUGUGACCCAUCUCUGGGAGCCUGGAGACUCGGACGACAUCUAUACGUGGACAAAGCGAUCGCAGAAGCUAGCAGGAGAGACCGCCGACUUUUGUUUUGGAAAUGACGAAGCACAGUCUCGCAAGCAACACUUCGAGGAUCUGCAACGAAUGUUGACACAAUGGUCAGAGCUAUCUUGGCCAGCGUUUCAACCCGUAUUCUUCGCAGAUUCUGAUUUGAAGACUGGCAGAAUAUUGCCUGAAAUAAGAUUCGCUUUGAACGCCUGUUUGACGGGUUAUGUACAUUUCAGGCUUUCACAACUCCUCCUUGCCAUGUACAAUCCGAGUCGCUUGACACUUGGUCCACAGGCCAUUGAUCAUCAUAAAGAGAUGGAGAGUGAGGUCCAAGACCACGUCCGUGUUCUUUGUGGAGCAGCUCGAUUUAACACAUGUCCAAUUGGAAAGGUCAUUGCGUGCCUUGCUAUCACCCUCGGCCACAGAUGGAUUCAUGACCCUGCGGAGAGAAUGGAGCUGCUGGAGCUUCUGAGACUUUGCAAGCAAGAAAAUGCCUGGGCAAAUCAUGCUCUGGAACAGAAUCUGAGACGCACAUGGGAUCUAAACCAUCCAUCACCGGACCCUAUCCCCAAGAAUCCUCUUGCAAACGCCUGA